AUGCCUGCAUCUGCAUCAAGUGCGUCAAUUGCUUCAAGAGCAUCCAGCGAGGACAGGCACUCCCAGUCCCCGGCAAAUAAAGGUCAAAUUCAGAGAUCCGGGUCGCAACGUUCACAGCUGGCAAAUAGCCUCGACCAUGUAAGGAGCCAUGUAUCGCAUCAUGACAUGGUUGCCAAUGAAGACUUCCACGAAGUCAACGCAGAACAGUAUCUACGCUUUUCACCAGCUCGCAAAAUGAUCAUUGUUGGCGUUCUGUCCUUCUGCUCAUUUCUCGCACCGAUCUCGUCGACGUCUAUCUUAGCUGGUAUACCGGAAGUUGCGAAGGAAUAUACCACUACCGGGAGUGUCAUCAACGCAAGCAAUGCAUUGUACAUGGCGUUCAUGGGAAUUGCGGCUCCUUUUUGGGGUCCCUGUAGCCAAGUCUGGGGCCGACGGCCGAUCUUCCUUAUUAGCGCUUUCUUGUUCUUUGUAUUCAGCGUCGGCACCGCGUUGGCACCCAACCUCCCAGCCUACUAUAUUUUCCGCGUGUUGACUGCGUUCCAAGGAACGUCUUUCCUGGUCGUCGGGAGCUCGGCAUUAGGAGAUGUAUACGAGCCUCGAGCUCGCGCAACAGCCCUAGGAUGGUUCUUAUCAGGAACGCUGAUUGGACCUGCCUUUGGGCCAUUCAUCGGCGGUGUUAUUGUCACAUUUCACUCCUGGCGCGCAAUCUUCUGGCUCCAGACAGCACUCGGGGGCUGCGGCACUUUGCUCGUCUUCUUCUUCUUCCCAGAGACCUACCCGAACCUGACCAAAAACGACACGCAUGACAUGCCACUAUGGCAGAAAGCGGUAAUCCUUUGGCACCGGAUCUCGCCUCUGCAGGUAGCAAUCAUGCUCUUCAAAUACCCCAACCUGUUCUGCACUGGUCUCGCGGCUGGCGCUCUCGUGUGGAACCAGUAUUCCCUCCUGACGCCAAUUCGAUAUGUGCUCAACCCCCGCUUCCACUUGACAAGUCCUAUCCAGACGGGACUGUUCUACAUCGCGCCCGGUUGCGGGUAUCUUCUUGGUACGUUUAUGGGUGGCAGGUGGGCAGAUCGCACUGUGAAACAAUGGAUUCAGAAGCGCGGUGGUGUCCGCGUACCCGAGGACAGAUUGAAGUCUUGUCUGAUAUUUUUGGGUAUUGUUAUUCCCGGCUGUAUGUUGAUCUACGGUUGGACGGUUGACAAGGCUGUGGGGGGAAUCCCUGUCCCUGUUCUGGCGAUGUUCUUCCAGGGAGUUGGGCAGCUAUUCUGCUUUCCCAGUCUCAAUACUUAUAGUCUGGAUGUUAUGCAGUCAAGUGGUAGGAGUGCCGAAGUCGUUGCCGGAAGCUAUUUGUUCCGGUACGUGUUUGGUGCUCUGGGAUCUGGACUCGUUCUUCCGGCAAUCGAGGCUAUGGGAGUGGGGUGGUUUAGCACGAUCAGUGCGGCAUUUUUGGUUGUCUCUGGAAUAUGUGUGUGGCUCACGACUAUUUUCGGCGAACAAUGGCGUGAGAAGGUAGAGGAAAAGAAUCAGCGCAAGGCUGGGACGCAGGUUGAGGAAGAGGCCUCAGAACCACAGGGAUCGGAAAAAGCUUAG